GUUCCAGUUGAGGUGAAUAUUUAUUUUAUCAGAAAGUAAAUAGACAUGCGUUUUUUUGAGGAAAAUAUGGGUUGACUGUUUAUGUUGGCAGAUUACAAUAUCCUGAAUUAUUCUUUAUUAGGCUAGGCAUAUUUUAUUAACAUGAAAUUAUCUGAUUAUAAAUUCUAUAAUUGCUUUGCUUCGAAUUCCUGAGAUAUUAUCGUUGGUAUUCACCCACUGUAUGUGUUUGACUUCUUCAUUUAGUUAUUACGCAAUAUUGGCAAUCAUUUACUUGCAUCUAUUAAUGUUUAACUUCACUAUACACUUCUUUUAUUUCUAGAUUAAUGUAAUACAAUGUCAUCUGAUUCAAGUGAUGUAAAAGAUCUGAUAACGAAAGCAGAAAAAUGCUUGAAAACAUCAUUAUUAAAACGUACUCCUGAUUAUGAUGGUGCGAUUGACUAUUACAGUAAAGCAGCACUGAUUUUCAGAAAUCGUAAACAACUGAAAGAGGCUGCUGAAACGUAUAAAAAGGUUGCUGAAUUACACUUUAAACAUGGAUCUUACUUUCAUUGUGCAAAAAAUUAUGAAACAGCAUCUCUAAUGUAUCGUGAUUUAAAGGAUUUUUCACAAAUGGCAUCACUAAUUGCUGAAGCAGGCCUAUUAUUACGUCGUAAUGGUACACCUGACUCAGCCUCCUAUGUUUAUGAACGUGCUGCAAAAUGUCUUGAAGAACCAUUACCAGAAAAAGCUGCAGAAUUUUAUGAAAAAUCUGCUGAUGCCUGUGAGAUAGAAGAGAAAUUUCACGAGGCUGCAUCACAAGCGAACAAUGCUGCUCGUUUAUGGGUUCGAUUGAAACGUUUCAAUGAUGCUGAACGACUGCUUCGUCUAUAUAUUGAUUACAUAACAAGAGGUCAUUCAGAUUCUUCUGCUAGCGUGGCUAGUGGUUUCAGUGAUACAAAUGCUGCUGCAAAACUAUGCGGUCGUGCAGCAACUGUUCUUGUAUUGAUUAAAUUGUAUAUGGAGGAUGAAGUAGCAGCCAAUAAAAUUUUCAAUGAAGCUGUUCAGCGAUGGAGGUUUUCAGAAGCUGAAGAAUACUUUGCAGUAAAACGGCUACUUGUUGCUGUUGAAAAUAUGGACAAAAAGGCGUGUUUGCUGGCUAUAAAGGAUCAAUGUUUUAGAAUUCUUGAUCUAGAUUAUGCACGUUUAGCCAAAGAAAUUAAAUUCCCUUAUCCUGACAAUGCUGAAGAAACACAGAAUACUACUAAUGUUAAUGUCAGCCUACCAAUGAUGAACACAGGGAAUACUGGCUGGAGUACUUCAGCUGAAGCCAAUCCAACUGCUACUUCUACUACUACAAAACAACCAGUCAGAGAGAGUAGGUGGAGGUGA